GGGGCCCGAGCCCGCGAACAUGGCGAAGACCUACGACUACCUGUUCAAGCUGCUGCUGAUCGGGGACUCGGGCGUGGGCAAGACCUGCGCGCUCUUCCGCUUCUCCGAGGACGCCUUCAACGCCACCUUCAUCUCCACCAUCGGUAUCGACUUUAAAAUCAGGACGAUAGAGCUCGAUGGCAAGAGGAUCAAACUGCAGAUCUGGGACACGGCCGGGCAGGAGCGAUUCCGGACCAUCACCACCGCCUACUACAGGGGAGCCAUGGGCAUUAUGUUAGUGUACGACAUCACCAAUGAAAAGUCUUUUGAGAAUAUUCGGAACUGGGUCAGGAAUAUUGAAGAGCACGCGUCUCCAGACGUCGAGAAAAUGAUCCUGGGCAACAAAUGCGACGCAAACGACAAAAGACAAGUUUCCAGAGAGCAAGGGGAGAAGCUUGCUGCGAGCUUUGGGAUUAAAUUCAUGGAGACCAGUGCAAAAGCAAAUAUAAACAUAGAGAAUGCGUUUUUCACUCUUGCAAGAGAUAUCAAAGCAAAAAUGGACAAGAAGUUGGAAGGCAAUAGCCCACAAGGCAGCAACCAGGGAGUCAAAAUCACACCAGAGCAGCAAAAGAAAAGCAGCUUUUUCCGAUGUGUCCUUCUGUGAGGGACACGGCCUUAACCUGAGCUGGACUGUGCCUGUGCUGAGUGAGGUUUCCUCUGCCUGUGGACUUAGUGCUCCCAACAACAAACCUUGUCACUCUGUGACCACCUGAAUAAGAAAUGGUUUAUUUUGGUAAUCGUUUGACUCUUCAGUUUCGGAGAUGGAACAAGUUCCUUUCGGUCCUGUCGCCGCCGGGCGCGCGUGCUGUGUAGCAGAGGGGGAGCAGAUCACACGUGGCCUGGGAUGCAGCACCUUUGCUGACAGACUUUUCAACCCUUGUGUGCGUAUCUGUCACGUCUCCAGUGGAGGAGGAUGAAAGUUACGAUCAGAACAAGAAGCAGAAAUGCCCCUGUUAAUAAAGGGCAGGUGUGUGUGUGCAUGGUCCAUGUGCAUAUCCAGCCUGCAGCUGCUCACAGACCAUCCCAGGCACGCCCCGAGGGCAGCAGUGCAGGCUGGUGACCUUCUCAGAAGGUGGGAGGGAGCUUUCUGCAGCUCCACCUCUUUGCUACUACAGAGAAGCUCCUUUGCCUGUCACUGAUUUAGCUGUGUUGUUACUCUUGACAAUCCACAAGUACGAUUGAAGUUUUAAAAAAAAAUUCUCCUCGAAGGAAUCUCUAUUUUUUUAAAAAACCAAAGUGUGCUGUAAAUAUGAUGGGUCCUUACCAUCAGGAAUUUAUCCACGUUAGACUUGACUGCUUAUUUAAGUAGUCCAGGUGUUUAGGUGUGUUUGACAGGAGCUGAUGGCUGCAGCCAGUCCUGUGCAGGUGAUCUGUCAUCUGUUUUUGGAGAACCAGGUCAGGGUCAGGCAGGGACACUUACACCAAAUUUGUCACCUUACAGUGGGCAACUUUUCCACUCUCCAGCUGGGAACGGCCCCAGAUCUGUCACGAAGCUGUAACCAGUUUUAAGUGGUGACAGGGAACUGCUGCACCUGCUCACACAUGCAAAUCAACGCUGCACCUCCACUCUCUGAACACAGACUUCUCCCAGCUCACCUUGCCUUGCUGGGUGUCCCACUGCAGAUGUCACUGCAAAUGACACCAGUCCUGCCAGAAACAGGCUGGGGACUCAUUGCCUCAGACUCACCCACGACACUGCUGGGUGUGUGAAGUGCAAGCCCCGAGUUCAGCCCCUGACAGGUGGGGGCUGCAGCUCUGACCCCAAUUAUUCUGAUAAAGGAGCCAGUGAAAGCAUCUGCUGCUGAAUCUGCUGUCAGGGUGUUGCAGUGAGGGGUGUGUUGGAUUCCAGCAACCUCCCAGCUGUGUCCUGCAGCUCACUGGGACUGCAACACGCUUUGUUUACAUUGGCAACUGCACUUAAAAGGGUAGAAUUGAAGUUGAUUUUAAAGUUGUUGAAUUUACUCACCAGUUUUGUUUUCUUCAAGUUUGUGGUGUUAAGCUCUGGCCUCAGAGUAGCACUAGUGAGUGUUACUGUAGUUAAAGAUCUAUCAUAAUUACAGAUCUGUUCAUCAUUAACAUUAGAAACCUGCAGCCUGCAAGUGGCUUCAACAGGAAUACUGCCCGUUCUUCUGAAAUGGAAAAAGGAUAUUUCACUGUGUACGUUGCUGGUUUAUAAAAAAUGCAUUUUAGAUUCUACCAACCUUUUUUUAAUGGCAGAUUACAACAAGCUCUGUCGUGAUUAAAGCUUUCCUCUAACCAGAA